AUGAUAUUUCUUAUAUGGACAGUGGUAUUGAUAGCAGUACUAGCUCUGCACAUCCACAAGACUUACUCCAGGUUCAGUGACUAUGGAGUGAAGCAUCCGAAGGUGGUGCCUUUCUUCGGAAAUAUGCUGGGUGUUGUCUUUCGUCUGACCCAUUUUUCUGAUCACAUAGAUAAUAUCUACACGAAAUUCCCAGAAGAAAGGUUUAUUGGCAGAUAUGAGUUCAUCAAACCUUCUUUAUUGAUACGUGACAUUGAAUUAGUGAAGAAAAUAACAAUCAAGGACUUUGAAUAUUUCAUAGAUCACAGAGGAUUUACCGAUGAAAAAAUAGAGCCCCUCUUCGCUAGGAAUUUAUUUUCUUUAAAAGGUGAAGAAUGGAAGGACAUGAGGUCAACUUUAAGUCCAGCUUUCACAAGUUCCAAGAUAAAGCUGAUGGUGCCGUUCAUGGAGGAAGUUGGCGACCAAAUGGUUAGAGCUUUGAAGAAAAAGAUCAAUGAAUCCAAGACCGGUUAUAUAGAUGUGGAUUGCAAGGACCUGACGUCGCGGUACGCCAACGACGUGAUCGCGUCAUGCGCGUUCGGCCUCAAAGUGGACUCUCACACUGACGAAAACAAUCAGUUCUAUGAAAUGGGCAAAACAGCCUCCACCUUCAAGUUCCGUCAGAUGUUGCUAUUCUUCGCGCUUGCUGCUUUUCCUGCUCUCGUGAAGAGAUUGAAGCUAACAUUAUUCUCGGAUCGCACUAAAGACUUCUUCAUAGAGCUUGUAACCAGCACAAUGAAGGACAGGGAAGCAAGAAACAUCAUUAGACCUGACAUGAUCCACCUUCUCAUGGAGGCUAAGAAAGGACGAUUGGCACAUGAAGAAAAAAUAGGAAACGAUGUUCAAGAUACAGGAUUCGCUACUGUUGAAGAAUCUUCCGUCGGCAGAAAGUCCAUUGAUAGAGUUUGGUCAGAUAUGGACCUAACCGCUCAAGCAGUGUUAUUCUUUAUCGCGGGCUUUGAGACCAUAUCAACGUCAAUGUCUUUCGGUUUACACGAGCUGGCCAUACAUACAGAGGCACAGAAGCGUUUGGCUGAAGAGAUCAGGGAGCAGCAUGCUAAGAAUAAUGGAAAACUGAAUUUCAAUGCUAUACAAAGCAUGACUUACAUGGAUAUGGUGACUUCAGAGGUUCUAAGACUUUGGUCUCCAGCAUUGGCUUUAGAUAGAAUGUGCGUUAAAGACUACAACGUGGGCAAACCUAAUGAUAAAGCUACUCAGGAUUACAUUAUAAGGAAGGGAGAAUCAGUUUCAAUACCAGUAUGGAGUUUCCACCGUGACCCUGAGUUCUUUCCGGAUCCUCUCAAGUUUGAUCCGGAACGCUUUUCUGAUGAAAACAAGCAUAGCAUUAAUGCCUUCGUCUAUAUGCCGUUUGGAGUCGGUCCAAGAAAUUGUAUUGGAUCAAGAUUUGCUCUCUGUGAAUUGAAGUCACUUUUGUACCAAAUACUGUUACAUUUCGAAGUAUCUCCGUCCGAGAAAACUUGUAUUCCUACAAGACUCGCCAAAGACUCAUUCAACCCACGAAUUGAAGGCGGACACUGGCUUAGAUUUAAAAUACGGGAC